AUGGAGGACAACUUCCUCUUCCUGAACUCUCUGGGCCGUUAUACCGGUGCUCCUGAGAAUGCAGUGGGGUGCUUCCAUCGGGGGGGAGCGGAGUGCUCAGAGGAAGUGUCAGCGGGAGAAAUCGGAGAAGACAAAGAGCGGUCUGCCUUCAUACUCCUCCAGUGUCUCAGACUCUCACCUGAACAUCGUUGUGAAGAAUGAGCCGGAGGAGGACUCCUGGGACCUGGAGCUGAACGCUGACGCCGAUCUUCUUCCUGAUGACUCCAGCCAAUCACAGCAAGGGGCGGAGCGGGAGCGUCAGCGGAACAUCCGAUUUUCGGACGAGGAGAACGAUGUCCUGAUAAGGAGCGUGAUGCCACACUAUGAGAAGCUGUUCGGCAGGUUGGCGGCCCCGACAUUCCACGGUAGCCAAGAACACCCUGUGGAGGGAGAUCACGUCCGCCGUCAAUGCUGUCUCCGCUUGUCCGCGCUCCGUGCAGAACUGCAAGAAGAGGUUUGCAGAUAUAAAGCGCAAAGUGAAGGAGAAGCUGAGCAGAAUCGACAAACACCGCCGAACGUCCGGAGGUGCCUCCCGGCUCCACAUCUCCUUCUGGCCGUAUGAACGAGUGAUGGAGAAAAUAAUCGCCACCGAUGUCGCCCCCGGGGUACCCGGCACCACUGACUCGGGACGAGUGACUGAACAUGAGAGUUCAGAUUUCCAUGAGUUUGCAGAAGAAGACGAGGCAGGGAACACAGAAGGUGAGGACUGUCCAACGAGUGGCCAUAACGAGGAUACGGAAGAGUUCCCAGAAGAGGCAGAUGCUGAGACAGACGGGCAAACAGCUCCCGAGGAACCAACCAGGGAUGGGCCGCCAUCGCUCAAGCAGGAUCAUGUGACCAGCCGGAGGCAGCAGACCCUGAGAGAUCAUACCAGUCUGAUCUAUGCAGAGCAGAGCCACUUCCGCAGGACCAUGGCCCAGAAGUUCAAUAUCCUCAAUAACAAUGUGAAAGCAUUAAAUAAAAAUGUAAAAGCCUUCCAGAGGUCAUUCAGCGAAAGCAUGGCUGCCCUGUCACAAAGCAUGCAGCAGCAGAACACCAUCCUGGACAAACUCGCCUCCAACUUGCUCUUGCUGGCCGAACAGCAGCAGCAACACAACAAGCAGUGUAUGAACGGCAUGCAGCAAGUCCUCCACCAUCUUGAUGUCCACCAAGUAUCUCCUUCCCCCACGCCCAGCGACAGUGCCAGUGACAGCUCUCCGCUGCCCAUAGAUGCCAGAAGAGGGACCGCAUUGGAGACGGGUCCGAAGACGCAGCAAAUCUCAGAUCUCUCCAGAACAGACACCCAAAAAGGGGCGUCACUG